AUGGCCCCCCACAAGACUACCCCGGACUAUGAUAGCGACGACGCUAUGCAAGACGUUGAAUCCAUGCAGGUUGAUUCUGUCGGUGCCAAAGAGAAGACCGUCAAGGAUGACCUGGAACACAUGUUCGAUGAUGACCUCGAUGACGAACCGAUGGUUGACGCCUCUAACGCACAUAAGAAUAGCAGUGGAAAGGUUAAUAUCACGGCGAUCUCCGACAUCCCCUCAGCGAACCCUUCCGACCCUGAGGAUAUGCUCCAGUUCUACUCAAGGUUGUUUCCUUGGCGGCAGCUCUUCCGUUGGCUCAAUCAUUCAGAGCUUCCUUCAACCGACUUCGCCCACCGAGAAUUCGCAUUCACAUUGCACAACGAUGCCUAUCUGAGAUAUCAGUGCUAUCCAACCUUCGAGACACUACGUCGCGAUGUUCUUAAUUUGAAUCCCUCACGUUUUGAAAUAGGCCCUGUCUAUUCUACAAAACCAAGGGACAGGAAACAAGCAAAGGGUUCGUUCAAGCCAAUUGAGAAGGAGCUGGUUUUCGAUAUCGAUUUGACAGACUACGACGAGAUCAGAACCUGUUGCUCUAAAACUAAGAUCUGCAUCAAAUGCUGGCAGUUUGUGACAAUGGCAAUUAAGGUAGUCGAUGUUGCUUUGCGCGAUGAUUUUGGAUUUCAGCAUAUUAUGUGGGUAUACUCAGGAAGGAGGGGUGCGCACGCAUGGGUUUGUGACAAAAAGGCCCGAAAAUUAGGCGAUGGGAAAAGAAGAGCCAUAGCCGCCUACUUUGAGGUCGUCAAGGGCAGUAGUCAAAGCGGGAAGAAGGUUAAUUUGGAGAGGCCGCUCCACCCCCAUAUUAGACGAAGUCAUGACAUUCUUAAAGAUGAUUUUAAGCAGAAUAUUCUUGAAAACCAAGAUCCCUUCCGAACCGAGAAACAGGCGGAAAGGCUUCUCCAACUUCUGCCAGACCGCCAGCUCAAGGAAGCACUUCGUGAGAAAUGGGACUCCACAAUUGAACGACCAAGCAGUGACAAAUGGAAGGACAUCGAUGCGCUAGCCGGCUCUGGUGUCUCCAAGACAAUCAUCCCAAAGGUAUUGCUUGAGCAUAAACAGGAUAUCAUCCUUGAAUACACAUACCCACGCCUCGAUGCGGAAGUAUCUAAACACCUCAACCACUUGCUCAAAUCACCCUUUGUAGUGCAUCCUGGCACAGGGAAAGUAUGUGUCCCGAUCGAUAUAUCUAAACUUGAUGAGUUCGACCCAGAUGCUGUUCCUACGGUAACGCGGCUCUUGAAAGAAAUCGACCAAUGGAAGAACCCGGUGAAGGAAGAGGACGACGGCGUUUCUACAUCCAGGGUAUCUGAUAUCGACAAAACUAGCUUGAAACCUUACCACGAUCUCUUUUCAAAGUUCGUACAAAAGUUGUUGAAUGCGGAAAGGCCUUCCCCCACCGAAAAACCCCUUCAUACAGAAAAAUCCGUCAAGGUAAAAGCAGAAGAGAUGGAUUUCUAA